AUGUCAACCACACAGGUCGAGAAACCCACCACAACCGCCGUCGCCGCACCGGAAACAAUGACUAAGGAAGCCGCCAACAACCAUGCCACUCCAGCCGUCGGCGCCCAGCACCAGCCAUACGGAGGUUCCUACCUCUGCAAGUGUUGCCUUUGCACGUGCGGGGAGGCGGUGGAGUAUCCUGGCGACACGCGCAUGAACAAGACAGGGGGCGUGAGUUAUGGCGCCGAGAUACGGGAUUAG